AUUUGCCAUUACAUAAUUGAUACGAUCCUGCAUCCGCUGAGGACCGCCAUGACUCGGCAAGAAGGGCGCAAACGGUCGAAGCUUGCGUGCCAGACCUGCCGCGACCUCAAGCGCCGGUGUGAUGGCGCGCGUCCUUGCGGAACAUGCGUGCGGUUUGAAUACGAGUGCACCUACAAUGUAUACCGCAAGAGACGGGACGUGGAGCAGUACCUGGGGCCGGUCGGCGAGCUGACGCCGUCGCGGUCCAGCGCAAAGUCUUCUCACGACGAGUUUCCAUGCACGGCGAGCCCGCAUAUCCAGGCCCGGUCCGUCGAGGCAAACUCGUGUCCUGCGUUUGUGCGGACGCUGGCGCUGAGGCUGGAUCCGAAGAGGAAUCCUCGCAUGCUGAGCUUUGCCUGGAACGCCUUUCUGGGAUCGCGGCAGACUCUGCCGACGCCGUCGUUCCAGUCCAUCACAGACGUGGUGUCGCAAAAGAGGCUGGAGGACUUGGCGGCCGUCUAUUUCCAAAAGAUUGACACAGUCUAUGGCUUCGUCGAUCGCAAAGCAGUAGAAGACGGCAUACGACGGCGGUGGACGGUUCAAGACGCCACUCAGGCGCAGGACGCCAUACUAUGCAGCAUCGGCGCGCUGGGAUGCCUCUUCUCACAGACACAGACCGACGCUGCCGACGCUGCCGAAUCUGCGCUGGUAGAGCUGGCAAAGCGUCUGCUGGAGAGGACGCUGUCCGAUCCUCCGACGACAGACAGCAUCACCGCAUGGCUGCUGCGAGUUACUUACCUGCGAGUCGCGGGGAGCCAGUAUACUGCUUGGAUGGCCAGUUGCACGUUGAUGCACAUGAUAGACGCAGCCGGCUUCAACAUCGAGUCGCCUGGGAAAGCGGUGCUCCCGUCCGCGCCCCAAGCAGUUGGCAUGGAAAUGAGGAAGAGAAUCGUGGCCAUUGCGCAGCACCUCAACGUGUGGAUGUCGUUCGACAUGGGCCUCACUCGCGUGGCCCUCCCGAACAUCAGCACGGCGGUUUCUUCGGCGCGAGAAGGCGACUAUACGUGUGAAAUCAUAGAGCUGCUCCCCUUCUCGGUAGAGCUUGAUCCGCAGAGAAAGCCCACAACGCUUGAGCUGGAGUGUGCUCUGCAGGUGGUGUUGAGCCGUGUGCACUCCAGCCCGCCUUCGGUUCUCGCUCAGUGCAACCUGGCGCUCUGUCUCUGUCGCCGCCUACGAUCGAUGGAGGUUGCCCUGCCAGAAUCCGUACUCCAGCAAGUACUGAUGCUAACGUCAAAUGGCAUUCAGGCCGCUCAAGCAGUGUUGGCCGCUCGAGCACCUUGGCACCAGAUGAUCUAUGUGCCAUUCCAGAUCGUUUGUGUCCUGCUUGCCAUAGACACUGUAUCUUCAAUCUCUCAGCUGCGAGGUGCGAUGCAGUGUCUUCAAGACAUUACUGCUGUCUACAACACCGAGGCAACGCAGGAUGCCUUGAUAACCGCUCGCUCGCUUGUUUUCCUACAUCAAAAAGGAAAGGAAAUGUUUGCUUCGGCCUUGGGCGAGAUACUGAAGAAUGACCCGACGACUCCCGUUGGAGAAGCACCAGGGAUCCCGCCGAUGCUUUUGGAAGAUGCGUUUGGCACGGGCAACUUUACAGAUCAAUUCUUUGGCCUCCCGUACAACGAUAUAGAUCAACUUGUGAAUCCUGAUUUCUUUUGGAACAUUAACGGCUAUGGGCUUUGAGCUAAUGACAAUACCACGAAGUUUUUGCGUAAUAUAUUAAUACCCCGGAAUUUUUAAUUCGAGAAUACGAAAUAUUUACAUACAUGGUCCGAUUUAAAGUUGGAUAAAAUGAAUGUGAAACGA